AUGGCGGAAGACACCACGACAACAUCUACGGAGGACCAGCAAGAAGGCCUGGAAAGGUUACUAGCCGAUGAACGAAGUUUACGCAGCUUUACCGAGCAAGUCCUAGAUUGUCGGCAGAUAGAACUCGAAGUUGCGGAAGUAGAAAACAAGAAACUCUUGAAGAAAAUUGACCAGCUUACCAGGGAAUUAUCAGAGUCCAAGGCGCAGCUACUCGACGCACAAGCUCAAGUCAAGUCGAAAGACCGAAACCUGCAAGAGGCUGGUGAUCAAAUAUUUCGACUGCAGUCACAGCGGGAAGACAUCACUGAGUCGGAUGCGAGGGACGCGUACAAGGCACUCUGCGACAAAAUUCAACGAUGGGUGGAAAACAGAUUGCCAAUAACCUUGGAAGCGGUCUCGUCGGGCCAAAGCAAGAAGCCACCGCCGGCACAAGCGACAAAAUUUCUGUCAUUGCUCCGUGAGCCAGCGAAACGAUGUCUUUCUGUAAACCUCGGCGAUGAAUACCACGUCGUGGCAGCCAUCAUGUACUACUUAUGGCUGGCUUUCUUCUCAAAGCCAUUCUAUUGCCCCCUUGAUGAUUCUACCGAGGAUGCAACCCUCCUAUGGCUUCUUGGGAUCGAAUCGGCCAUGGCGAAAUCUCGAAGUAGGACAAACCGCAAGAUUUCAGGAAGGGGUUACUUGGUCAUGCUAACUGGCGAGUCACAGAUGCCGAGCAAUGCCGCGAAUGGAGAAGCGAAACCCUGUUGGCGCUGA